GAGAGAGAGGGAGGGAGGAAGGAACAGAAAGUUUAUGUACAUAAACCUUUUUUUUUUCAGAAAAGUAUUGUUGCACCUGGUAGCUAGCUUUACUGACACAGAAAUGAGAGGUCUGCUCAGUGCUUAAAUAGCUGAGAAACAAUGGGAUAGUGCGGGAAAGUUAACAAUUAACAGUCUCAGCUUAAAUUUUGUAACUGCAGGGAACUGGAAACACAGCUGCCUCUCUCUUCAACAAAAUCAGGUCUCCUGGUAAAGGGAAGAAUUUCUGUUAACAUCUUAGUUUCUGAAAAAUAAGCAGCUCCAAGUUGAAUGAGUAUCAUGCCGUUACGGUUUUAACCAGCCUGCUCGUGUUUAACUAUCUCUGCUCAUUUUAAAGAGAGAGGCUGAGAGAGGGGUAACGAGGCUUUUGAAAUGCUUUUUACUUUACUUUUUUAAAUGAGGGUACAGGGCAGAAAAGGGAGCUGAAGGCAUCCGGCUGAAGAGAAGCAGCAGCGAGGAAGAUGGGUCUGCUAAGUGUGGAUUUGCUGAUCACGCUUCAGAUCUUGCCGGUCUUUUUCUCCAAUUGCCUCUUCCUUGCGCUCUAUGACUCUGUGAUCCUCCUGAAGCACAUGGUGCUGUUUCUGAGCCGGUCUAAGUCUGGGCGCGGUGAGUGGCGGAGGAUGCUGACCUCGGAGGGGCUGCGCUGCGUCUGGAACAGCUUCCUCCUGGACGCCUACAAGCAGGUCAAACUGGGAGGAGAAGCCCCAAACUCCAGUGUAAUCCACAUAGCCAAGGGCAGUGAUGGCAGCAGUAGCAGCUGGAAGAGUGUCGGUAGCAAGUGUGGAACCAAAUGCCACCUUCUGGAUUUUGCCAACUCUGAGCGGCCACUGGUGGUCAACUUUGGUUCAGCUACCUGACCACCGUUCACAAGCCAGCUGUCAGCCUUCAGCAAGCUGGUGGAGGAGUUCUCCGGUGUGGCUGACUUUCUGUUGGUCUACAUUGAUGAGGCUCACCCGUCAGAUGGCUGGGCUGCUCCUGGAAUCUCUCCCUCUUCGUUUGAAGUUAAGAAACACAGGAACCAGGAAGACCGAUGCGCAGCUGCUCACCAGCUCCUCGAGCGCUUUUCCUUGCCACCUCAGUGCCAAGUGGUGGCUGACUGCAUGGACAACAAUGCCAAUGUGGCCUAUGGGGUUUCAUUUGAGCGAGUGUGCAUAGUGCAGAGACAAAAAAUCGCCUACCUUGGAGGCAAAGGGCCCUUUUUCUACAAUCUGCAGGAGGUUCGACUCUGGCUGGAACAAAAUUUCAGCAAAAGAUGAAAUCCAUUCUCUACAGAAGUUAUGUCAACAGAUGUGUCCCCUUAAGGUGAUGUAAAAAGGGAAACAAAAGAAAACAUGCUGGUUUGAAUAAGACCUUUCAGAUGAUUGCAGGAGAACACACUUGAUAGCAAGGUGAAACGAACAUUAACUAGGAAAAGAAAAUAAAACAAAAAACUCCACAGAAACAUUAUUGUAUGGAAAAAAUACCACUCCUGUGCUCGCUAUGGGACAGAAGAGAUGAAGAGGCUUCUGUGAAAAGGUGCUGCUGGCGAGCAGGAAGAGUGGUGACCCAGGAAUCUGUCUCAUGAAGUGUCCCUGGGGUGAGCCAGAAGCCUUUCUGCUUGGAAGGCAAUCCAUGGAAAGGCAAUGCCGUGCAUUUUCAUCAGAGACGCUUCUUUAGCCUCCUGUAGCCACUGCAAGCCACCUGGGAGGAGCCAGGGGGCUUGCCAUUACUUUGCAUAGAAAUGCAGUAGAGUGUGGCAAUUGUCCUCAGAUUUUAUUGUUCAGAGACUACAAGAACCACCAUACAAUGCAUUGUGUAUGCAGGCUGGCUGCGCAAAUCAAGACUAAACAUUGUAUGCUGGAAUUUGUAGUCUGUGAAUGCCUCUGCACAGUAUAUUAACUACGUAAUUCUAUCUAUAUGUUUGUACCCAGUAUGCAGGCCAGUGCCUGCUGAGAAAGAUGUUAAAAUCUACAGAGUUGGACCAAAAAGACAAAGGUGAUCAAAUGAGCCUAUUACAAUUUGAAAGCUAAAAAACCCAGGCUAUUUGUAACAAAACAGUAAGAACCUCCUAGAGGUUCCUCCUAGAGGUCUCAUCAUGAGACCAAACUCAGCUGAUGCCAACCAAGCCUCAGUUCUCAGAGCUGACAACACACAUUUAUCAAUAUUCUCUGGUUCUCUUCUCUCUUUCUUUACUCCCUUGAUCUCUUUCUGUCUAGCAAUAGGCUUAAAGGUAAUUUCAUUUUUAGCUUUUUAAAAAAUAACUUAUUUCUCUCUUUUAUUUUUAUUUUACAUAAUGAUCUUACAGAUGUAUUUGGGGGGACGGGGGACUUAUACACAACUUUACCUCAUUUAAAUGGAAACCUAUCCUGUCAUUUACCCUGUUAAAUGUAGUCAUGCUGAUUUUUGCUAUCUGCUUAACUGCAACUAGUUUAUAGCUAGGUUAGUUUGCCUGGAAGUUAAGUUGUUUGCAGCCUCACAAUUGAUUAGCUGCAGUUCUGCUAUCUGGUGAGGUGAUAGUCUGUUUCACUUGUGUUCUCAAAAGCCUUCCCAGAAAAACAGGGUGAAAAAAUAGUGUGAAUUAAUGUGAGUAAGUCCAAAAGAUGGCCGAAUUUUCAUACAAAUGGGUUUGAGGAAUUAUUAAUUAUGUUUAAAGAGAUACUGUCAACUUAGUAUACAUUAAGUUUAGGUAUUUCUAAAACUAAAAUGAUUUAAUCAAGCCUGAUGAAAAGGCAAGUUUACAAUGAGCUAACCCAUUAGAGCUGACAAAUGAAAACCCAUAAGUUGAUGCCUAUCCAAGUUUUCUCUCAACUUUGGCAAAAAUAUGAAACAGAUAAACAGGGUAAGUGGCAAAAAUCAAAUUAGUUCUUUUAAUUUCUCAUUUUGCCAGUUGUCAGGAACAUGAUGUAUUAGUACUAACACAGGAAAGAACAGAAAAUAGAUACAUAAAUAUUUUCAUUUUCACAAUGUACCUUUAAUAUUGUGUAUUUCUUCUUGCUUGGCUGUUGGUCAACUUAGCCAAUGUACAAGGCUUUUGGAAAUGUAUUUUCCAGAACAGAUCUGAAAUAAUGGCGUAACAUGAGUGAUUUCUCCCAUAUUCAGGUUCAUGCUUCCCUUCUCACAUUUUCCUCUACAUUCAGUUAAACAUAUACAGAUACACACACAGAGUUUCGUAAUGUGUAUCAGAGAAGGGUGUAAAGAAUGGUCUUCAGACCUUCUAGUGAGCUUCACUUCUCAGAAGGUGCGUGUCUCUGUGUGUGUGUGUGAAUAUGUCAUAAGACCAAUAAUAAUAAUUAUUCUGUUCUCCCAUUCACUAAUGUUACUGUAACACAUUGCUCAGUGUGGAGGAUUGUUAUACAUUUUCAUGACUAACUGGGAUAUAUAACUGAAAUUUUUAAACCUAAUAUCAUAGAAACAGUAACAUAGCCAAACUAUGUGAUUUAUUUAACCCAGUGUCCUACCUCUGAUUGUAUCAGAUGCUUCAGGGGAAGGUGCAAUAAUUUCUUCUGGAAUUUUCAUUAGCUUCAGCCCUUAUUAUUUUAGUCUUGUCUAAUGUGAUAUCAUUGAUAUCUCAUCAUCCUUAUGAGAAGCUGAUCAUGAGUUUUGAGACCUAAAUAUUUCUUGAGAUGAGAAAAACUAAAAUCAAACCCCAUCAUGUUUAAGAACAAAUAGAAACAGAUGUCUUUUUCAGAUUUAAAUUGGCUGCUUUUCAAUGUCAUUCUCAUCUCUUGCUCUUCUAUGCUAAAACAGUAUAAACAGGAGAGAUCCCAAUUUUUCUUCUGAAUGUCAGUAAUUAUGUACUCUAUAUAGAAAUACAGUUUUUGUUUCUUAAGUCAAACAACAGUUCUUAUACAGGUUCAUAUUCUUUGCCUGUCUCUGAUUCUCUUCUGUUUUCACUGCGCUGUCCUUUUACUCAGGUGAUUAAGCUGUAGACAUUACUCCAAGUGAAAAUAUGUAUUUGUAUACCCAGCACAGCAUCUUUUCCUUAUUACAUCCUAUUCUUCAGUCAUCUGAAACUUUAUUAAUCCAUAGCAACUCUGUAGCCUUUGUAAAACUUGAACUAGUAAGUCUUUUCUUUCUCUCUUCUUUUCCCCAUCAUACAGUUGGAGUCUGAACUGUUUAUCCGGGAAAUGCUAGCCAAAUGUUUAGCACAGCUGUUGAAACAUACCUUUAGCUCGGAGGAAUGAGUCUGAGUUAGUAAUUCUGAGUUAGUUAAUACCCUUUGCAUAUCUAAAGUUACAGUUAUUUUUCAAGGCCAUUUUGUCCUUCCGUUUGAAUUUCCAUUAUUUUGUCUUGUUAUUCAUAGAUGCCUGUUCAUCGCACAGUAUAAAGGAAUUAUGAAAUUGGCUCCUGUAAAUGGGAAAUCCACAAGGAUUUUCCACAAGAAAAAAUACACAAUAACUUCAUUUCUCUCUUGGCAACUUGAACGCAUUACCCUGCCCAAAACUUAAAGAUAAUUCAGCCUCACUGAUUAUCAAGACUGUAAUGCAUUUUGCAAAUCCUAAAAUUUCCCCAGAAAAAUUGUGGUCAGAAAGCAGGGGAAGUAUUUCAAAGAGAAAUGGACUUAGAGGAAAAAAAUAUCUUUUAUAAGUGGCUGAUAGACGUACAAGCUCUUCAUUUUUUUGUUGACAAAAUUAAAACAUUUUCUAGAAAUGGUUCAUGCAUUAUCCUCAGUUAUUGAUAGAAGAGGCCAUAUGUUAAAUACCUGAAAUUAUUGAAAGAGAGGGCUGUUUUGAGUCCAGGCAGAAAUUUUGCUACCUUGCCAGCAUCAUACUUCACAAUUGGUCUAGUCUGCUGUGAGGCUGGAUUUGCUUUUGUCUCUUAUUCUUACUGUUUGAGGGCACUAAAACAUAUUACUUGAGGUGCUUCAGUGUGACAUACAUAUUAAGCAAUAGCUCACAAAAUAGGUGCCUGAAAGUAUUCUGGAAGGCUACUGUAUAUAAUAGAGACCCCAAUACUGUGUCUCAACAUUAGUAUGGGAACCUUCCAGUACUUUUUCAUUUUGAGCAAGGUAAAAAGCUACUCUGGGCUAUCAUUCUACAUUGUUUUGUGCUUAGCGUAAUUUAUUAAGCACUGUAUAAAAUGAAUGUAAAACAUUUUGUACAGAUGAAAAUGAUAGCAUUUUGCUCUUGUUUGUGUAGACAAUGACAUAAAUUUAAGACAGCAGGAAAACAUGCCCUAUUAAAAUGAAAGAAAUAUAUUAUGAAAUAUAUUGUUGAACAAGUGUCUGAAAAACAAAAUGCAAUAAUUUUUAUGAAGGUGAUCUUGGGAAACCCACAAAACUUCUCAAAAAGGUAUCAGUGCUAUGCGUUCAGUUGUGUGUGGGGAGGGAGGUUAUAUUUCUGUAUGUGUGAAAGUGGCUUUUCUGUGAUGUGGAGUGUAGGUUUAAGAGUUUUUACGACUUUCAGUACUAUAACCAAAGCAAUAAGAGGUAUCAGGUAGGGAAUAUUGGCCAGUUUUGUUCAACUCUACACCAUAUCUGUGCCAGAUCCAUAUUCAGUGAUCUCUGGCCGCAGUUUGGAAUCUUCAGAGAAGAGAGAUUGGGGUGAGACAAUGAAUGCUUGUGUGCUUAUGAAGAUCGCUAACAAAAGAGUAAUUAACUCAGUUGGCGUUCCGAUGUCCUCACACUGGCAUUCCUCUGUGCACCUUAGUGUUUCUGUAUUUGAAAGAGGGGUCUCGCUGUGGCCGUUAAUAAGAUCGUCGGGUGUAGAUGCCUUUGUGUACUGACUAUGUGUGUGUCAUUGUUUAAAUGUCAAAAAUACCCUUUGUAGGAGAGCCAGCAAAAUUUUGUUACACUAUGGUGCUCCAUGAAAUGUGCUUUCUAGAUUUGUUUUUCUUGUAUUAUAAUAAACAAUAAAGGAAAACAUAUCU